CUGCGAGGGACCUAAGCGAUGUUCUGGUGGUUUCCCUGCUUUGGGACGGGGCAGGAGCCGCAGCCUGGGCAAUCUUCGGCACAAACCACCUCGGAGGGACCGGCGACCCAAGCAACCUCGCCGACCAAUGGAACAAGGAGUAUGCAGGAAGGGCAGGAAGGAAGCGCGGAGGAAUGCCCACUGGAAAGCAGGAAUCCACCGGCGGCCACCGGCCCUUCAGAUCCUUCAGGCUGCCCCAGUGUCAAUGUGAUCCCGAUUCAACGGAGAUCUUCCGCGCCCAGUUUCUACCCUGUUGCGAUGAUGCCUGCGGGUACCAGAUCGCCCAGUUCAAGGAGGGGGACACCUCGAUCCAUGGUGGUGCGACCUGUUCAACCUGCAGGAGCUCCACGGCAUGGAAGGUCCACCUCCAUGUGCCCUUCAGCCAUGAUGUGGGGAGGUUCGGCCCGAGUUCCGCCCCGAAACUACACACCAGAGUCAGGUUUCUUGCUGUCAGUCCGUGGCUUGGCUGUACCGGCGACAUCGGCCGCCGCGCCGGCCGCGGGGGCUACGGUGCAGGAAGCUAGCCAGAUGAACGCCAGAGAUCAGGAGGCAACCAGAUUGGAGGCCAUGCGUUUGGCCGUAGCCAGCGCACGACUGCAGCCGAGCACGUCUGCCCGAGAAGGUCCACGAAUGCUCAUCUAGAAGGAAAGAUCCACCAUGCUUCAGGAAGACAAUCGCUUGAGACAAAGUUCGGAUGUAAGGAAUUCGGUGCAGAAGCAGAGCUUUCUAUGUUAUCCACCUUAUGCAGUUCCAGCCUGGUUG